UUGUUGUUAUUGUUUUACUUUCACACAGCUACCAGAAAUAUCAGGCACAUAAAUAGCUACCUACACGUUUGUCAUACCGGAAGCUCUGGUAUGCAGGAUUGCGGCGUGUGUAAAUUACGACGCCACACCGGAAAUGAACUCUACACUCCGUUGCCAUCGCGAGAGUUUUGCACGUGUGCAGCAGUGAUGGUCGCCGCCGCUGUGGAGAGUUUAGUGUUAAAGCUGCAGGAUGUCCAGGCGGUGAAGUUCGGCACGUUUAAGCUGAAGAGCGGCCUGAACUCCCCGAUUUACUUCGACCUGCGCGUCAUUGUGGCUUAUCCGGAUUUAAUGAACCAGGUGUCGGCACUGCUCCAUCAGCGAGCUGAGGAAGCCGGAGUGAAGUUUGACUGUGUGUGUGGAGUCCCGUACACGGCUCUGCCUUUAGCCACCAUCAUCUGCUCCACCCACCACUACCCCAUGCUCAUCCGCCGCAAAGAGGCCAAGGACUACGGGACGAAGCGUCUGAUCGAGGGCACGGUGCGUCCUGGUGAAGUCUGCCUGAUCGUGGAGGACGUGGUGACGAGCGGCAGUAGCGUCAUGGAGACGGUGCAGGAGCUCCAGGCUCAGGGGUUAAAGGUCACGGACGCCGUGGUACUGUUGGACCGUGAGCAGGGCGGUAAAGAGCGACUGUCCAGCGAGGGGAUCGCUCUCCACCCCGUCGUCUCUGUCUCUCAGCUCCUGGACGUUCUUCUCCGAUCGGGUCGAAUCGACCAGCAGACCUUCAGCAGCGUGGAGAAGUUCAUCCAGGAGAACCAGACGUUCACGUUGGCGGGAAUGAAGGAGAAAGAGGAGAAGAAGAACGUGAGCAGAGAGAUGAGUUACAGCGCCCGGGCUGCUCUCUCCUCCACACACCCCAUCGCCAAGCGUCUGUUCGCGCUGAUGGAGGAGAAACGCACCAACCUGUGUGUCUCAGCGGACGUCACACACACUCACGAGCUGCUGGAGCUGGCGGACACGCUCGGGCCGCUCAUCUGCGUGAUGAAGACUCACGUGGACGUUCUGCAGGACUUCAGCAGCGACGCCAUCGACAAGCUGAAGGAGCUGAGCGCCAAACACAACUUCCUCCUCUUCGAGGACAGGAAGUUUGCUGACAUCGGAAACACCGUCAGACACCAGUACGAAGGUGGUGUGUAUUGUAUCUCCUCGUGGUCACACAUCAUUAACGCUCACUCGGUGCCCGGCCCGGGCGUGGUCGCAGGGCUGAAGGCUGUGGGGCGGAGUCUCGGUCACGGCUGUUUACUCAUCGCCCAGAUGAGUUCACAGGGAGCGCUGACUACCGAGCAGUACACACACGCUACGGUAAAAAUGGCGGACGAUCACCCAGACUUUGUGUUCGGUUUCAUCAGUGGGUCAAAGGUCAGCGCUAAACCAGAGCACGUGCACAUGACCCCAGGAGUGAGGUUACAGAGUGGAGGAGACGACCUCGGGCAGCAGUACACCACCCCGGACGAGGUCAUUCGCUCUAAAGGCUCUGAUGUCAUCAUCGUCGGACGGGGAAUUCUGUCGGCCUCGGACAGGAAGGAGGAAGCGGAGAAGUACAGGAAGGCGGGAUGGGAAGCGUAUCUCAGCAGACUGUCACUAUCCUGAUAACCAGAUCAGGAUAAAUCCAGAUCCAAUCCUUAAUCCUGAUCUUAAUCCUGAUCCUCAAUAAAAUUCUGAUCACAUUCCUGGACCUAAACCUGAGUCUUAUUGUAAUCCUGAUCCUAAUUCUAUUUUCUCUGCUGUUCUUAAUGCGUCCAUGUUCACUUUCCCUAACUCGAGUGAGCACUUGCCGUACGAGGUGUAGUGUUGAGGGAUUAAUCAGCAGAAACACAGGUGCUAAUGAUCGAUGACCGGUUUCCCAAAAUCAUUAUAGAGCUAAUAUAAAGUGGGAGAGAGAGAGAAUUAUGAUGCUCACUCAACCAUCUUAUGGACAGCUCUGCUCUAGUUAAUACGUAGCUAGUGUAACAGUGUGUUAACAAGCUGUUUUGCUAUUUGUCAUUAUAACUAGCUGGUAUAUCAAACUGCUGGUUUGCAGCUAUCGUGUGGAAUACCUGUUUGUUGAUUUGCAGGCUAACUGAUGUUUGCUGUUUGGGCGGGGUGACGACUAGCCGUAUUUUACAUAGCUAGUAUAAUAGAUAUCCGAUUUCGCUACUUAUCUACCGUGGUAUGUAGCUGACUUAUCUGAUAGUUGUCUCGUUAACUGCUUAACCGGAUAGGACUGAUACUGUGGUGAAUUGCUGCUUUGCUCUCUAGCUAGCAUGACAAAGUGCUAACAGCCAACAUGAUUAAUUAGCUUAUUUGCUGCAUUGAAAGUAUAGUUACUAUAACUACUGAUGUAUUAUUGCUGAUUAAUUAGCAUGCAGAUGAUAUCUUAUGCUGUAAGCUGAAAUGAAAAUGGUGAAAUUAAUGUUUCUUUUUGUUUUGUUUUUUAUUUAAAAUGGGUAGCAGGCUAACUAGCAUGUUUGCUCUGUAGCAGAUUAUGACUAGCUAUCUAGAAUUAUGAUUCGCUAGCUGAGGAAUAAACUUAUUUGCUAUCUUGAUAUCAUAACUAUAACUAACAAGUUUAUUAAACAGCCAGCUUGCUGACAAGCUAGCAUGAGAAUUAUUAUUUUAUUUUAGCUAACAUUAACCAGCUGAUUUGCCCAGUAGUUAGCUUGGUAAUUGACCAAGUUGCUAUCUACCUACCAUGGUGACUUGCAGCUUUGCUGUCUGUCUCGCUAGCAUGAAAUCUCACUGAUUUAUUUAAUAUCUGACUAGCUAGGAUGCAACGUACUUGGAUUUCUACCUAGCUGAUUUGCAGUUUGUGUAUGCCAACUUAUCGGCGCUAAUUUGCUGCUAGAUAGUUAAUAAUUUGCUGGUCUAGCUAGCAUGCUAACUUGCUAGUGCUACUUAGCUUGGCAGUAAAACCAGUUUUAAAAAUCCAGUGUUAUGUAUACAGUGUUACGUAUACAGUGUUACGUAUACAGUGUUGGCGACUCGUUCCUCAGCUAACACACUCGCUCGAGCUGAUAUAAAGUAGUGGCGCCGCCGUUAACAUGGCGACAAAGCGAGGGGAAGUGGUAACAUCCUCAAAGUCUCGACACGCUUCAGACACACAGCGAAAAUAUUUUAUUAAAAUCCUUGUUGGUAAAAAGAUUCCAGGUAACUAGCGAUUUUAUAAAGAAGUGAUGAUGAUUACUGAAAUUCAAGACACGCGGUGAUGAAGUGGAACUCCGUAACACUGUCGAGUGUAAAGCUGAAUUGCUGUACAAUAAAUCUGUGUUCAUAAAAAAGUCAGUUUUUGUGUUUUUAUUGUAUUUUUUAUUGUUCUUGCACUUCUAAAACAUGUUCCUGUACUUCAGAUAAAAUUCAGCUUGCACAUAAACGUCCCUGCAAUC